AUGUCGGUUAAGGCUUUGGUAUUGUUGGCUGACGGGUUCGAGACCGUGGAGGCUUGUUUUCCCAUCGACAUCUUGGUCCGUUGUGGGUACCAAGUGAGUACGGCUAGUGUCUCAACCGCGUCUAAGAAGCAAGCUCGUUCGGCCCACAAUGUGGUGAUCCAGACCGACGGGAUGGUUGAGGAUAUGGAGGACCAGUCUUACGACGUGAUUGUGCUUCCGGGAGGCAUGCCCGGUGCUACCACACUUGGUAAAUCAGCAACGGUGAAGAAAAUGCUGCAGAAUCAAGCGGACAAAAAGCGCUGGAUCGCCGCCAUCUGCGCCGCUCCGGCUGAAGUACUUGCUGCCAACAACCUUCUCGGCGGGGCUAAAGGGGUCUGCUAUCCCGCCGAACAAUUCCAGAAGGCCAUGGGUGACAGCCUCGUCCACGGGCACGUAUAUACAGACGACGCCCACCGACUCAUUACGGGCGACGGGCCUGCAUCUGCAGCCCUCUUCGGAUUCACCAUCGCCAAACAUCUGGGAACUCCUCAAGACAAAAUCAACCAACUUUCCUCAGGCAUGGUUUUUGAUCAACAAUUUUUCUGCAACCAGUGA